AUGGUAGAGAUGCCUCAGUCAGGAUGCUGGGGAGCUCCGCUGACUGCGCUCCAGUCUCUCCUGGCUAUGUGUCUGCUCUUCACCCUAGAACAUGGCCUGGUGAGCUGUGAUACUGUGGUGAACAUGCGUAAGGUGACUCACCAGCGGGUUCAGGAGCCUCUGUCCGGUGCGGCCCUCCUGCCGUGUGUUUUCACCCUGCGUCCGAGCGCUUCGCACGAACCCCCCCGCAUCAAGUGGACCAAACUGUGGGGUCAGCGCGGCCCGGAUGGUCUGCAGAAGGAGCAGUCCAUUCUGGUGGCCAAAGACAACAUAAUCAAGGUGAAGAAAGCCUUCCAGGGCCGAGUGACCUUGCCGGGAUACCCGGAGAACCGCUACAACGCCAGCUUGGUGCUGACAGGCCUGAGAUCCAGCGACUCGGGGAUGUACCGCUGUGAGGUCGUGGUCGGCAUUAACGACGAACAAGACACGGUGCCCCUUCAGGUCACAGGAGUGGUCUUUCACUACCGUGCUCCUCACGACCGCUAUGCUCUGUCCUUCACUGACGCCAAAAGAGUUUGUCUGGAGAACUCUGCUAAUAUCGCCACCCCAGCCCAGCUGCAGGCCACUUUUGAUGACGGCUAUGACAACUGCGAUGCUGGUUGGCUGUCGGACCAGACUGUGAGGUAUCCCAUCCAGUCGCCCCGACCCGGCUGCUUUGGCGACAGGGAAGACUCACCUGGCGUGAGGAACUACGGCAACCGAGAACCCGACGAGAUGUUCGAUGUGUACUGCUUUGCCAAUGGCCUGCAAGGUGAAGUGUUUCACACCAGCGUGCCAGAGAAGUUGAGCCUGGCGUCUGCCUCCACUCACUGCCACACUCUGGGAGCUCAACUGGCCACAGCCGGGCAACUCUAUCUGGCCUGGCAGGGUGGCCUGGACCGCUGUGACCCCGGCUGGCUGGCUGACGGCAGCGUGCGUUACCCCAUCAACCUUCCCCGGCGUAACUGUGGAGGAGAUGAACCAGGAGUACGGACUGUUUACCAUAACCCCAACCGCACCGGGUUUCCAGACACUAGCGACCUCUUUGACGCCUACUGCUAUCAAGAGAAGAAUUUUGAAGAGCAGACGGCAAUACUCUAUAAAACCCUAGAAAACUCCAAUUCGAGCUCUUCAAGCAAUGAAGAGGUGCUGCUUCAAAGAAAUGGAGCCUACCCUGAGCCUUCAACUUGGACCGGUCUGGUCGAUCUUGAGAAAGAAGACUUCAAGUCCAUCAUAAACAAUGAAUCUUCAGAAAUUUCAGAGGAGCAUGUUGUAAUCCAUCUUGGACCUGAAGAAAAGUCUGAAGAGUGGGAAGACGAUGCUGUGGAGAAGCAGGAGAACCUUCAAGGGGGUUCAGCAAAAGAGGAGACAGAUGAUUCCGAUGUGUCUCCUGACCCGUCUUCAACCACGCCAUCCUCCUCUACGCAAGCUCAGACCAGCAACAGCGUCAUCUCCAACUUUGUCAACACAAUCAUGAAGCCGUUUAGGUACUGGACAGGGACUAGAGAACCUGAGAUACCGGCCACAGAGUCCAGCCUCUACAGAGGAACAUCAGAAAUGGUCCCAAAUGCCAGGACCAAGCCAAGUAGAGGGAAAACAAGCAAAGUUGGUGUUGAUAAUGCUAUCAUGGAGCCUAAUACCAAGGAACAUUCAUAUAAUCCCUCCUCAUCAGAUCCAGAAGAAGAGCUCUUGGAGCAGGAGAAGGAAGUGGGCUUGGUGGAUGCGCAGAAGGAGAUAAAGAGUCAAAGCAAUUCUUACAUGGAUCAUGCAUAUUUACAGACCUUCACUGGACCAAACAAAGGAGCGAUUGGAUCUGGAACGGCGAAUCCGACUCUUUCUUCGGCGUCUAGGAGCUUUAGUUCCAUGAGGAGCAGCCAACAAAUUUGGCCGCUAAAGUCAUUGAAAGUUGUCCCAAGCGAUAACAGGCAUUUCAUAACUCAAACAAGCAGUCCCAUGGAAGCCAAACGAGCCAGUUUGGAGAUCAUGACCAUUCCUGUUUCCAGGAAUAACCCUGAGAACUUUUCCGGGGAAGGGAAUGAGGAUGGUUACCCUAUUCCCAAAGGUCCCGCAUCGCCGUUAUCUGCAGAGGAAGAAAAAGAUGGUGAGGGAAGUGCAGGGAAGGAGUUACCGCUCACCCUUGACAGCCAAAUAAAUGGAUCUGAUGACCACAGAGUCCCGCUGGAGACCACUGUCAGAUGGCAGCUUAUGAGUCUCCAGACGACCCAACCUACUAUUGCAUCCAGUUCUUCUGAACCCAAGCAUGAGAAACCAGCCGACACGGUUGAGGAAGCCAGGGGUGAAAUCAUGUACGUCCAUCGCCCCCUUGAAAAGCACAAGAACGGUCCCUCGAAUAAAGUCAACGUGCCUUUCGUUAAACGAAAGCAAGACCUAGGGUUGACCACUGCACCACAAACACACAAUUCCAACACGCCUAGUACCCCAAGCCCCAGAGAUCCCAACGAAGACAAGCUAGCAAUUCAACCUCCAACCGUAGGGGUAACUCCAUCCCAACCAGAAGAAACCACUACCGAGGACAUUUUGUGUACUCCAGAUCCAGCUGUUUCUACCACGUGGUUACCUGUGGUUCAAGAAGAGGUAGAUACUCCACAACCACCGGUUCCUACCAUAAUAACGACACAAGCCGGACCUACGGUUCAGCCCACUGGUGCAGGACCAAAGGACACUUCUCAGCAGGCUGAGUCCAGGUCAGGAGGUUCGGAGUCAUUUGUGUUGGCUCAGGGCUGGACAACAUCUGAACCGGUUCCAACAGAGGAACCUUCAUACCAGACCACAGGAAGCCCAGAGAAAGACACAACUACGACUGGGAGUGAAAACAGCCCAAUCAGAUCUUCAGCCGAAGAUGAUCCCUGCCAGACCAACCCGUGCCUGCAUGGUGGAAGCUGUUUGACCGAGGGGGAAGGAUACAGUUGCCUGUGCCCUCAGGGCUAUUCGGGAGAGAGCUGCGAGAUCGAUAUUGAUGAUUGUCAGUCCAAUCCAUGUCAGAAUGGAGGCACCUGCAUUGAUGAGAUCAACUCUUUCGUAUGCUUGUGUCUGCCAUAG